CUAUUAGAAGUAGUCAUUUUACUCCGGGGUUACCUAAGACUAAUGAGACUAAUGGCUUAAAUCAAAGCAAACAUACUUUUUGAGACUGGAUAAUUCCUUCUGUUUCAUCAGCAGAGGAAAUGGAAAGGCUAAGGAGACAGUGUGGUCACACCCCCACCUGAAGGACAUGUCAUCUGUCAAAAGGACAUCGGCCCUCACAGAGAGAUCUUCCCAGAAGAACCAGCCUUCCUCUGAGAAAGAAAAGGUUAAUAAACUCAUCAAGAAAAAUGCUGAGAAGACCAAUGCCUCUCUAGUUCAGAGAAGUUUUGCCACAUUUCAUACAGAAAGACCCCAAGAUGAGGUAGAAGAUUUUGCUCUAAGAAAGACCAUAGAGCCAAGAGAAAAUACAGAUGGAAGAGAUAUUUCAUGCACAGAAAGACGGAAUAGACAAGAACAUAAUAGUGCUGGAGAUGAUAAGCAAGCCACUGUGGAUAAAAAUGCACAUCCAGUAUUCAAAGGAGAGAAAAACAGGCUUCGUUCUAAGGAAGAUACUAGUGAAAGUGAAGCUGACAAAAAUGGGGGGUCAUCGAUUGCAAAUGAAACAGUGCUGGACAAGUGUUCAGAUACAAAGCAAAAUGUUGAUGAAACUAAUGGUGAUCAGUUCUGUGAAAGGUGUAUCAGCAGUGUAAAAGCCAUUUCCACAUCAGGAGUCCCGGGAAACUCAGCAGUAGGACCCAAAUUCCAGAAUGCUGAACAAACAGAGCCUACUGGCAGUAGUAAACGAAGAGUGGCAGAAGAGUGCUUCAUCAAAGAGGACAACAAAAAGAGCAGAAUAGCUGUAGCAGGUACAGGUGAAGGACACACAUUGAGAAGGACACAGGAAACCAGACAAGUCCAGGGGAGUUUACAAGGCCAACCCCUGGAGUCCGCUGGAAUUAAGACCUCCAGACAGCAAGAUCUGGUGACUCCAUUGGAUGACAUCCGGGCUCCUCCUGCCCCAUUUAAUCACCGGAUUGUGAUAGCCAAACAAACAGCAGUCAACAGUUUUUAUACUGUGAGCAGAGCAGAAAUUUUAGGAGGGGGGCGCUUCGGCCAGGUUCACAAGUGUGAAGAAAAAACAACAGGUCUGAAGUUGGCGGCCAAGAUCAUCAAGACCAGAGGCAAGAAGGAUAAGGAUGAAGUAAAGAAUGAGAUCACCAUCAUGAACCAGCUGGACCACGUGAACCUCAUUCAGCUCUACGAUGCUUUCGAAUCUAAGAAUGACAUUGUCCUGGUCAUGGAGUAUGUGGAUGGCGGUGAGCUAUUUGACCGGAUCAUUGAUGACAACUAUGAUCUGACCGAGUUUGAUACCAUCCUGUUCAUCAAGCAGAUAUGUGAGGGGAUACGAUACAUGCAUCAGAUGUAUAUUCUCCAUUUGGACCUGAAGCCUGAGAAUAUCCUGUGUGUGAAUCGGGAUGCUAAACAAAUAAAAAUUAUUGAUUUUGGAUUGGCCAGAAGAUACAAACCCAGAGAGAAGCUGAAGGUGAACUUUGGAACCCCAGAAUUUCUUGCCCCUGAAGUUGUGAACUAUGAUUUUGUUUCCUUUCCUACGGACAUGUGGAGUGUGGGAGUAAUCGCCUAUAUGCUUUACUUUCUAGGCUCUGUUGAAUCCUGUGGGUGAAGGGAGUAAAUUCUUUGCCUGCACAUCAUCUGAAAAAGUAAAUGU